UCGGAGCCUGCGUCUCGGCGGCCAGGACCCUGAGCUCCUCUAGACGUGUCCAGCCAGGGCGCCCGGCGCGCUCCGGGGUCAGGACGUCAGGGUGCACAGGUGCUGCCAAGAUGCUCCGAGGCCCCUGCUCUGCCCUCCUGCUCUGGGGGCUCCUGGGCGUCCUCCGUGCCCAGCAGCAGAUCAUCACCCCCGGUGCCUCUGAGAGGAACAGCUGCCCAGAGAAGGCCGACUGCCCCAUCAACGUGUACUUCGUGCUGGACACCUCAGAGAGCGUCACCAUGCAGUCCCCCAUCGACAGCCUGCUCUACCACAUGAGACAGUUCGUGCGCCAGUUCAUCAGCCAGCUGCAGGACGAGACCUACCUGGAGCAGGUGGCCCUGAGCUGGCGCUAUGGCGGCCUGCACUUCUCCGACGUGGUGAAGGUGUUCAGCCCACCGGACAGCGACCGGGCCUCCUUCACCAAGAGCCUGGAGAAUAUCGUCUCCAUCCGGAAGGGCACCUUCACCGACUGCGCGCUGGCCAACAUGACCCAGGAGAUCCGGCAGCUCAAGAGCAAGGGUGGGGUCCACUUCGCGGUGGUUAUCACCGACGGCUAUGUCACCGGCAGCCCGUGCGGGGGGAUCAAGCUGCAGGCUGAGCGGGCCCGCGAGGAGGGCAUCCGGAUCUUCACCGUGGCCCCCGACCAGAUCCCGAACGAGCAGGGUCUGCGGGACAUGGCCAGCAUGCCCCUUGAGCUCUACCGUAACAACUAUGCCACCGUGCGUCCCGACUUGGAGAUUGACCAAGACACCAUCAACCGCAUCAUCAAGGUCAUGAAACAUGAAGCCUAUGGAGAGUGCUACAAGGUGAGCUGUCUGGAGAUCCCCGGGCCCCCCGGCCCCAAGGGCUACCGCGGACAGAAGGGCGCCAAGGGCAACAUGGGCGAGCCAGGAGAGCCCGGGCAGAAGGGACGACAGGGAGACCCAGGCAUCGAAGGCCCCAUUGGAUUCCCAGGACCCAAGGGUGUUCCUGGUUUCAAAGGGGAGAAGGGUGAAUUUGGAGCCGAGGGGCGGAAGGGAGCCCCUGGCCUGGCCGGCAAGAACGGGACCGAUGGACAGAAGGGCAAGCUGGGGCGCAUCGGGCCUCCAGGCUGCAAGGGAGACCCCGGGAGUCGGGGCCCCGAUGGAUACGCAGGGGAAGCCGGCAACCCUGGGGAGCAAGGAGACCAGGGCACGAAGGGAGAUGCUGGUCGCCCAGGACGCAGAGGACCCCCAGGAGACAGCGGGGCCAAAGGAAGCAAGGGUUACCAAGGCAACAACGGAUCCCCAGGAAGUCCCGGUGUGAAAGGAGCCAAGGGUGGACCUGGGCCCCGAGGACCCAAAGGCGAGCCUGGGCGCAGGGGGGACCCAGGAGCCAAGGGCGGCCCGGGCAGCAGUGGCCCCAAGGGUGAGAAGGGAGACCCUGGCCCUGAGGGUCCCCGGGGUCUGGCUGGGGAGGUUGGCAACAAAGGAGCCAAGGGAGACCGAGGCUUGCCUGGACCCAGAGGCCCUCAGGGGGCUCUGGGCGAACCCGGGAAUAAGGGAUCUCGGGGAGACCCCGGUGACGCUGGUCCCCGUGGAGAGUCAGGACAGCCUGGUCCCAAGGGAGACCCUGGCAGGCCUGGAUUUAGCUACCCGGGACCCCGAGGAACACCCGGAGAGAAAGGCGAGGCUGGCCCACCCGGCCCUGAGGGGGGCAGAGGUGACUUUGGUCCUAAAGGAGAGCCCGGGAGGAAAGGCGAGAAGGGUGAGCCUGCAGAUCCCGGUCCCCCUGGUGAGCCCGGCCCUCGGGGGCCGAGAGGAUCCCCAGGACCCGAGGGAGAGCCCGGCCCCCCUGGAGACCCCGGCCUCACGGAGUGUGAUGUCAUGACCUACGUGAGGGAGACGUGCGGGUGUUGCGACUGCGAGAAGCGGUGUGGGGCCCUGGACGUGGUGUUCGUCAUCGACAGCUCCGAGAGUAUUGGCUACACCAACUUCACCCUGGAGAAGAACUUCGUCAUCAACGUGGUCAACAGGCUGGGGGCCAUUGCCAAGGACCCCAAGUCAGAGACGGGAACCCGCGUGGGCGUGGUGCAAUACAGUCACGAGGGCACGUUUGAGGCCAUCCAGCUGGACGAUGAGCGCAUCGACUCACUGUCCAGCUUCAAGGAGGCCGUCAAGAACCUGGAGUGGAUCGCGGGCGGCACCUGGACGCCCUCAGCCCUCAAGUUCGCCUACAACCAGCUCAUCAAGGAGAGCCGGCGCCAGAAGACCCGCGUGUUUGCGGUGGUCAUCACGGACGGCCGCCAUGACCCCCGGGAUGACGACCUGAACCUGCGGGCGCUGUGCAACCAUGACGUCACGGUGACGGCCAUCGGCAUCGGGGACAUGUUCCACGAGAGGCACGAGAGCGAGAACCUCUACUCCAUCGCGUGCGACAAGCCGCAGCAGGUACGGAACAUGACCCUCUUCUCUGACCUGGUGGCCGAGAAGUUCAUCGACGACAUGGAGGACGUCCUGUGCCCAGACCCUCAGAUCGUGUGCCCGGACCUUCCCUGCCAAACAGAGCUGUACGUGGCCCAGUGCACGCAGAGGCCUGUGGACAUCGUCUUCCUGCUGGACGGCUCCGAGCGGCUGGGCGAGCAGAACUUCUACAAGGCGCGGCGCUUCGUGGAGGAGGUGUCCCGGCGGCUGACGCUGGCGCGCAGGGACGACGACCCGCUCAACGCGCGCGUGGCCCUACUGCAGUUCGGGGGCCCGGGUGAGCAGCAGGUGGAAUUCCCGCUCACCUCCAACCUGACGGUCAUCCACCAGGCACUGGAAGGCGCGCGCUACCUCAACUCCUUCUCGCACGUGGGCGCGGGCAUCGUGCACGCCAUCAACCACGUGGUGCGCGGCGCGCGGGCGGGGGCGCGCCGCCACGCCGAGCUGGCCUUCGUGUUCCUCACCGACGGCGUCACGGGCAACGACAGCCUGGAGGAGGCCGUGCACUCCAUGCGCAAGCAGAACGUGGUGCCCACCGUGGUGGCCGUGGGCGGCGACGUGGACACAGACGUGCUGUCCAAGAUCAGCCUGGGUGACACCACCGCCGUCUUCCGCGAGAAGGACUAUGACAGCCUGGCCCAGCCCGGCUUCUUUGACAGGUUCAUCCGCUGGAUCUGCUAGCGCCCCCCCCCUCCUGCCCCUCGCCCCCAGACCCACGCCCAGGCCCCCAGCCUCG